GUCCCCACCCUUUCCAUACCUCGUGACUUGAGUGUUUUUAUUGCUACGCAAGUAGUUAAGAGAGAGUAGGUUGCAAACGGGAGUUUUUGAUACGAGUAAACUGUACCUGAACAUUAUGAAGAACUUGGUCGCGAUUGCCGCCUUGGCUCUGUUGGUGCCGUUUAUAAGUUGUGCCAGAAGUGCUGUAGUGACAAAUCCAGUUCAAACAACAUUUAACCGAAACUCAUUUUAUGCGGCAACUGUGUCUGUGACCAACACGACCACUGCAAACCAAACGGCGACUGUGCCUGUGACCAGUGUGACGGCUGCAAACCAUACGACUGUGCCUGUGACCGAUGUGACCACUGCAAACCAUACGACGACUGUGCCUGUGACCAACACGACUGCUGCAAACCAAACGGCGACUGUGCCUGUGACCGAUGUGACCACUGCAAACCAUACGACGACUGUGCCUGUAACCAAUGUGACGGCUGCAAACCAUACGACGACUGUGCCUGUGACCAACACGACUGCUGCAAACCAUACGACGACUGUGCCUGUGACCAACACGACUGCUGCAAAGCAUAAUACAACAAGUACACCAACUGUACUCCCUACACUAUCACCGACUGCUACAAUCCCAGUAACUGGCUUCUACAAUGUUUCUUUGAAGAAUACUAUUUGCAUCAAGAUGGCCAUUGGAAUACAAUUAAUUGUUGCCACAAAGUCUGAAAAUUUGUACUUCAAUGUUCCGCCGAGCAAAACGGUGGUUUCAGGGAAGUGUGGAAAUGUUACUGCUUGGAUUAAUUUGCAGUUUAAUUCUGGAUUUGUAAACUUCACCUUUGAGAAGGAUGGGAACCAGUAUUACAUCAGUGGAAUAAGAGUUACUCUGCAUUCAACGAAUAACCUGGACAAAACUUACCAUGGCAUUGCAGAUAAUAUUAAGUUGUUUAAUGCUGAACUUGGACACUCCUACAAGUGCAAAAGCAAGAGGGUUGUACCUUUUUCAACUGAUUCUUUGCAGAUUUUAAUGGUUAACACUCAAGUCCAGGCGUUCAACAUCUCUGGUGGAAUGUUUGGUAAAGCAGAGGAAUGUUUUGUGGACUAUGGGAGAGUUACUCAUAUCAUAGCAGCAGUUGUUGCUGUGCUGAUCAUUAUCAUAAUCGCUGUGUGUUUGAUCUAUCGACGGACCCGAGCUGCAGGCUAUCAGCGAAUCUGAGGAGAGAAAUGAGGUUUUGUUCAGAAGAUGCUUUUUGGUUUACUUUGCCUCUCAUUAACAUUGAUGGUGCGAGCCUUGGCCAAAAAACAAAUUUUCAUCUCAUUCGGUGCCCCUGGAGAUUGCCAUAGACAUGCAUAUAGAAAUAUUGGUGGAGGACUGGAGUUCCAUUUCAAGCUGGGAUUUUCAGCUUUUGUACUUUAUACUUCCUGCAUUUCUAUCUUCAGAAAUGAUUAGUAAUUAAAAUCAUAUAGCUUAAUGCCUUUGUUUGUUGUGACUCGGUCAUUCUCUGUUUAAAACCAAUUUUAUUGAUGUUCAUUUUGAACAUUUUCACUUACUCUUUGCUGAAAUGUAAAAAAAACAAAUUAAUGACUGAUCACACUGUCUUAUGUUUCAGUACAAAAUUUCUUUCUUUAAAAAAUAUAUUGUGAAUAAUAUUGAAUCCAGAUCUAUCAGAAAUGUCAAACUCCAGUAAUUAUUUUAUGCAUUUUGAAAUGGGCCAUGUUGCAGUCAGUUUGCUGUUGUUUGUUGUUUAAAAUUGCUGGUUGAAAUACAUUAGCUUGUAUAUGUUCUGGAAUUGCCUGAAUAUAGAAGCUGGAAAAAAUCUUAAAUAAAAAAAAGUUAGAAAUACUCAGCAA